UAAUGAGGAAUUUGAGGUGUGAAUGGUCAUUAACAUAUCUUUUGUUUCCAAGGGUGGGGAGAGGUCUGAGGUGUGGAUGGUCAUUUACAAUGUGUGACAAGCUUGGUAGGAACAUCCUGUGUUCAGUGUUUUGUCCAUCUGAGCACCUUCAAAACUCUUUCAUGCAUUUUUCAUGAUAAAAAAAGGCUCUGGACAGCAUUGGGAAUUGGAAGAGUUAAAAAAAAAAAAGCAAACGCUUAUAAACGUGAUUUGUCAGCGUUUACAAGCGUUUCGCACGCUGAUAAAAUCGGCAUCUGAACGCAAGUUUGUUGCAU